CUCCGCGUGCGACGCGUCGUUGCCGGUGGCUCUUUCCUCCCCAAACGGAGCGGGACACGCGAUUUUUCAUUCGUCGGUGGCUGGGCCACGUGUGAACCCGAUCGCCGGAACGGAAACCAGUGGCCGGCAGGCAGUGGGAAGCCGAUUUGUGUUCGCUGAAAUCUCGGGAACCCGGAUCGAGGGACGCGCGACGAUCGCGUACCGGUCCCCCGCCGAUCGAUCGAGGCCGAUCCGACGCUCGAAACGGCCGCUGUGCGAACGCGCGGCGGAGUCCGAUCAUGCGUUCGAUAGAAUCCCGGUGCGGGUAGAAGAGAAAACGAGCUGAUCGGGUGGAAAGCGCGCGUUCCGCGAGUGUGGCCAGAGCAGGAUCGUAAACCGCGGCUCCCGACCGCGCCGGCCGAUUUGUGUUCACGCGCGGAAAAUACGUGCGUGACCAGUGUGGGAUCGAUUCUGAUUUUGUGGCUGUGCAAGCGUGUUUGUGCCUCUGUGCGGCAACGGCCCCCGGCCCCGGCAGCGUGGCAGAGCAGUGUCAGCGAGGCGGAGAAAGGGGCCACCCGAGGAAACCUGGGAGGAACGUUAAAUGAAUGUUGUUGCAAGGGCCGGCUGUGAUCGUGAGAGUAGAAUCGGUGAACGGUGUGAUCGGCCGAUUUCAAUACAUAAAUGUGCGAGCGGUGGAGCCUACAAUGGUGGCUCGGCUCCCGCAACAAGUUCUUCUGCUGCUCGUACUCGUCACUGGGACAGCCGCGGAAACCACACGCGAGACGGAGCAGCCACUUUGGACCGCGUACGACGCGCGGAGGACCACUCGAUCCUUCGGCUGGUCGUCGACCAGCACGGACCGCAUCCCGUCGGCGAGCAGAUCCGACGGAAUGCUCCGUCGGACAAGUUCCUGGCACACGGGCAGCCCUGGCUCGGGGCAUCAGGUUACGUUCGGGAUGCUGAAGACGGUCACCGAGGGUCCGCCGGUGACGGAGAUUGAAAUGCAUCCGAAUAUCGGAUCGCCCGGAACGAACAGCGUCGCGGGAAAAGUGAAAAUCAACCGUGAAAACUCGAGCCUGUCCUCGAGGGGCUCGCCCGAUACCAGACAGAAGAUAAAUCUAUCCGCUGGACGGACGUUUAUCCAAUCAACCACGGGACGGUCGAACUUCGAAGAGAUGAACGUGUUCAGGACUUUCGAUAACACAGUGCCGUCGCACGAGAAUCGGUUGGUGCACAAGCCGGUCUCGACAAGGAUGCCGAAUGACUUCACGAGGACACCGACGCCGUUCCGCAGGAACGAUGUAGUUCACCGUCAGAUGCGACACGUCCCGGACGCCUGCGAGAAGUUCAACGCCGGUGACGAGGCCAAGCAGGAAUUUUACAGUCCGAACUAUCCGGACAACUAUCCGAACCUGACCGAGUGCGUCCGCGUCCUGGAAGCUGACAAAGGUAUGCUGCUGAAGCUCGACUUUCGGGACGAGUUCAAGCUCGAGGAGAGCGCCGACUGCCGUUACGAUUUCCUGGAGGUACGUGACGGCCAGCACGGCUACUCCAAUCUCCUCGGGAACUUCUGCGGCACGAAUUUCCCCCCUGAGAUCACGUCGAAGACGAGAUAUCUCUGGCUGCGAUUCCGCAGCGACGAUAGCAUCGAGGGCAAGGGAUUCAAGGCCGUCUGGAGCAUGAUACCCAGGCCAACUUACCCGGGUGUGCCGCCGGAUCCGGAGCCUUGUGUGAGAUACGUGGACGGCAUGGAAGCGAUUAUUAACAGCGACGACGUGCAAGAUAAGAAGAAGAUCGCCGAGAAGGAGGGCAUCCCUUUGGACUGCUUGUGGAACAUCACCGUUAACGAAGGAUGGAAGAUUCAGCUGACGUUCUCGGAUCCCUUCAAGCUGCAACGACCGAACGAGUGCGACGCCAACUUCGUGGACAUAUUCAAAGAACGCACUGACAUGUCCUCGAGAGUGAAGAAUUUCUGCGGCAGCAUCGCCGACACCGUGCUCAUCGCGACCAAUAUCGCCUUUGUCAGGUUUUACGCCGAGCCGAAAGCACUGAACAGCAGCUUCGAGGCCGUCAUGACAGCGCUCAGGGACAGGGACACGGGAGACAAACCGUGCAGCGAUGACGAGUACUAUUGCGAGGACGCGACUUGCAUCGCAUUGGAUCUGCAGUGCAACGGGAGGGUCAAUUGCCGUUUCCGUUGGGACGAGGAUGAGCAAGUCUGCAACACGAAGAAAUCACGGCUGAUCGACUCUCAGCACAUCGUCAUAAUCCUUAUCGUCUUCUCCAUGAUCCUCUUCGGCAUGAGUUUCGCCUUCGUUUUCAACUGCGUGAGGAAGCUAAUCCGGGAUCAUCGAAUCAUUCGGGAGCACAUCAGGCAGUCGCGAGAAAAUCGAUUAGACGAGAUCGGCCGGAAGGCAACACCGUGUCCAAUCUCGUCCUCUAGAACGGACAUAGGCGACCGUGGCAGCGAGUCGCCCAGCCUGGAGGUGAUGCCCAGCAAGGAGCUGCUGCCCCCCACGACUCUGAUAGCCCAGGACUACACGAAGGACCUUGUCCUGGAGAUGACCUACAACACGCGGGACAUGAACGACAUCCACCAGAGCAACAACGUCAGCAACGCGACGCAGGAGCGGCUGCAGGAGUCGAACGACGAGCCAGAAAUGCGGGACAGUUCCUGUCAAACGCGGGAGAGCUUGUUCGAGAUGCCUCUCGGCUUCACGACCUUCGGCGUGCGCGCGCCCAGCUCGCAAAACGGGACCAACCAUCUUCAUCACCAUCGCCACCACCACAUGCACCACCAUCAGAGCCCUUCGCAGUCGCGGCAGAGCUCGCAGCCCUCUCAGCACAGCGGGCAGCAGUCUUCCGAGCACAGCUCCCAGCAGCCGACCUCCCAGUGUUCGGGCUGCAGUCCAGCGUCGAGAGGUCGGGACGGCAGCAUGGGCGUUUGCCCGAAGCACAAUCCCAUCCCGGCGCCGCCCGGCUGGUCCACCCACGAGGCCAGCUACCCGCUGUCCCUGCACCAGGGCUCCCCUUACACGGAGCCGCCGGACUAUCCAUCCUACCAAAGGUUCCAGAGUCCGCAGCCGAACAGGGAAACCAGUGCCUACUGUCAAUCCCCCAAGGUGGCGAGACAGCCGACGAUCGGCUCGGGCGAGAGGUACGGAAGCUCUCUCUACGGAUCGGGUCACGGGUCGAGCAACGCGCCGAGCUCGCAGCACUCGAGCACGCCGAAGUGCGCCCAACAGACGACCCCCGAUCCCAGGUACAGGGCGGAGGCGGUGAUAGAGGUCGACCAGAGGCGGCCGUUCAGUAUAGAGAGCACGAAGAGCGCGCCGGACGUGAUCGCGACGCACUGACGCCGGGGUCCUGGGGAUUGGGAGCCCUACAAGAGACGCCAUCCCCGACAAACCGUCGCCAAUCACCAUCUGUCCAGCCAAAACGAUGGAAGCAGAGUGACCGUAGCCACGCAGAGCUCGUUGGACGACGACGCUUCGACCAGCUCGACCGUCGAGGCAAAUUCGUCCUCCUGAUCCACGUAUACUGGCGCGAUCGAUCGACCUGACCAGCUCGGCCUCUCCGAUCAGGACGAUCGAACGUCCCCGGACAAGUUUGCGCGGGAUGUCGACGAUUCCGGGACACGUCUCGGAACGAUCGAGCGAAACGGUGUCACGGCACAGAGGCCGUCCGCGGAACCGAUCGGAGAGACCCGGUCUCGUUCGGGCGAAAUCGACGACGGAACCGACGGAACGAAACCGAUCGUGUACGGGCCAGGCUCUGCCGGGAUAGACGCCGUCUUGCCGUCGACCGGCCGCGAUAAAACAGAAUCGAUGGACGGCGUCACAGUUUUGAAGCCGUCGCGGCUUCGGAUGGACUCGACGCUCAACGACCUUCUGAUCCUGAGGCCACCGGAGGCCUUCCGGGUGCCGGUGUUCCGCUGCAAAACGCCGACCUUGGCCUGGCAGCACUGCAGCUGCCCGUCCCACUCCCAUUUGCCGGACAGGAGGUCCUCGGUGAUCUGGGGUGUUUUGAAACGCAACAACCAGGAGCCGUUCUAUCGCACCUGGCCAAACAGGACCGCCAGGAGGUUCGUUCGGCCCUCGAGGAGGACCGUCGGCACCCAGAGCUCGUUCGAUGGAUCGAGAUCGUCCCUGGGCACCAUCCGCUGCGUGGUCAGAUCGAUCGACAUGACCGAGAGGUCGAUGGAUCUCGAGAUCGGCGCCACGAUACCAUUCUAGUGUUUACUUCGGCACCGAGGCGAUUCUUUUGCGCGUCGGAUCGAUCGGAUUAUGGACCAAUGGUUUUGUAAGCGAAACAGGGUACAGGAUGUUUGCUCUGUUAUUGUUGACAUGGGUGUUGUUGUCGCUUAGAUCGGGCACGUUCCGUACGCGCGUAAAUACGUUUGUAAAACAUGUUAUCGCGGGAAAACUCUUGUUGCCAUUUUUCCUAUGGUUUUUGACUGUCGAGAGGUCGCAAAUGUUAUUGUUAGAUCGAUGCGCACGAAACGUUGUUUUAUAAUUAGACUGUUCGUUUAGCGAGGCCGCCGCGUUCGAGGCGUUAACAGUGAAAUAAUGCGUUUCAUGCACCCGCGUCGAUGCCGGCCGUUUCAUUGGCUUAAUCACGUUGCGCGGUGUCUCUGUUGUACAACUGAGAUUACGCGAUGAUUUUCAAGUGACCUCCGGGCAAUGCCAUUCGAGUUACAUGGCCAGCGGAAAAUCGGUUCAACGAUAACUAUUCGUGUUGCACGGCCCGGUCAUUGGAAAUCACUUUGGCGAUUUCUCUUCACGUUGUAUGACCGAUCUAUUGAAAAUCAGUUUAGCGAUAUCAUAGUUAACGUCGGUCGGAGACUGAUUUUACGACCAAUCGCAACAAUUUCCAUAAUUAUCGAAUUUUUAAUAUUUGAAACACAGAAGCAAGAUUUUGCAUGUUUGUUUUAGUCGCUCGUUCGACGAUUCAUUUGUUGCUUGCAAUUAAGCAAAGUAUAAAGGCAUGCCAGGGGGGUGUAACGUUACUUUGAAAAUUAACAGCUCGAUGUAAACGUCUGACAAUUAUCGAACAUUCGAAAUAAGAAGAUUUUGAAUCAUUUAUGGACGUAUAUUAACGUUACUUUUAAAAUGCACACAGGUUAGUACGAAUCUUUCAGUAUUUAGAGCAAGAUUUUUUUACAAAUCAUAGACAUAUUAACUUGUUAGUUUAAAUUAGUUCUUGAAAAAAGUGAAAUAGAAUAUGGAGUAGCAUAAGCGAUAGCGUAGGUUACGGACCAAAAUCCACACAAUGAAUAGAUUAAAGCAAUAAAAGCCGUACGAUUUAAACUAAUAAUCCGAGAUCACCGAAAACCUUGGCUUCUCUGUUUCAAAUACUUGAAUCGUUACUUGUUAAUCGUUCGUAACUUGCGAUAUUCGUCGGUCGAAUAUCCGCCACCUAAUUUUCUACAGUUACCCCGAAGUAUCUCAAUAACCAGCUAGCAAAAUUGCAAGUGACGAAAGCGGAACAAGCGGCUCCUGUUCAUUUGCAUACGUCUCUGUGUCGCAACGAAGACGCGUAUUGUUAUAGCGAGGCGCUUAACCUGUUCCUUUACGUCCGCCGUGGCAAGCAAAGACGGUUAACAGUCGUUGUUAUAAUAAGCUCUGACACUUACCAGAACGUUGAACGCUUCCGCUGGAGUUCUCCUUGAUUGUUACAACGCGGGGACGAUGCGACUCGUCCCGAAGCACACACAUUUGUGAACCUGUUCGCGACGUGAAUACGUCGAUCAAGGUAUUUUCUAGAAGCUUUUGCUGUGAAAUAAAGAGACAGAGAGAGAGAGAGAGAGAGAGAGAGAGAUAGCGAUCCCCGAAGGAAUGAAAUAACAUAUCGGAAACCGGAAGUGAGUCGCCCGUUUAACGACGAAGUGGCCGGUACUUCCGGUCGUCAUGUUGAUCUUAAAGCCGAACAGUGCUGCGAGUUCGCGCGUGUCAGAAGCGGUGAAAAGUGUUCGAAUGACAAAGAUAUGCCCGUAGGAGAGAGAGAGAGAGAGAGAGAGAGAGCCUACGAGAGCGAAAUGAUUGUUUCGGGCAACGAGCAAGUAGAUAUUCCUAUCGUUAAAGAACGUCGACACUGUGUCGGCGGACAAUGAUAUUCAGGUCUAACAUAACUUAACACCCCUUUUGUACACAUAGUGUCGGUUUACGCGGCUCGACCGUUGUAACACGUUACGAGAUUAAAAUACGAUACUGCGAUAUUAGGCAAACUAUUUUUCCACGGUAUUUCCAUUGAUAGUCGAGGAUGUAACACAAUUACGCACACCCGAACAGGAAAGUCGAAGUAAUGCAUUUAUAACUUAAUCGCGCUUUCGCCCGAACGUCUUCGAACCGGUUCGGACGAUACAUCGAUAAGGAGAAUCGAUCGUAGCGCUGUAGAAGUGUUUUGAUCCCAAACGUGGUAAAAAAAAAAUGAUUUCUCGACUGACAUCGCGCGUCGUAUUUGUCCUUUAUUCGUUUCAGCUUAUUGCGUUCUUCAAAUUUAUUUACGAAUUAUUACAAGUCCGUACGGAGAAAUGUGUUGACUACGUUUUUUGAAAUGAUUUAAAAUUGUAUGUACAUAGGAAAUCUGUAUUUAUGCUAUUUUGAAACAGUUUAGUAUAUUUGCUGCGAUCAAUUUGAUUAAAAGUUAACUCAUUUCUAGUUAGGCAUCGAAUUUGUUUUAUCUAUUUAAAAAUCUAAGAAUAUUUUGUAUAUAUUCCUACUAAUGUAUUUAUGUAUUGAUCUAUGUUUUUGUAUUAACUUGUACUAAUUUAUUUAAAAUACGAAAUCGGAGGAGAAAUGCAAAAGCGUGGGUAUACAUAGUUAUAGCAAAGAAACGAUGGAAUUAGAAAUCAGGUUGCAUCGAAGAGGCAGUUUCAUUUUUGAAGAAUAAUUUGAACAAACCAACGGACAGCAACUAAAAUGCAAUUGAUAAACUAUUGAAUAUGAAUCAUUCGUCUUCUUCGUUGUUUCCAUAAACAUAAUAGAAAUAUUGGAGCUGCCACUUGUUUGUGCCAAACUCUAGACCAAUAAUCUCCAUAAAGGAGACAAUAGUCUAUCUUAAUUGUUAUUACAACAUAUACAGUAUGCAAAAGUAAUAAUAUAGUAAUGAGAUUCGAUAAAAUAAAAGGAGCUGCCUCUUUAUUACUAUGUAAACUCGGUUACAAUUUAAAUCUCUAUUACAAAUCAAUUAUAAUUUGAAUUACUAUUAAAAAUCUAUUCUCAGAUUCUAUUAAAAGUCUAUUAAAAUUUUAAUUUAUACGUGCAAUGGAUCGCGUAAAUUCUUCAAACACAAUAUUCAGGAUUUUCGAAGUAUGCGCGUCAAAAGCCGCGUGAAAAAUUGAUUAACGCGAACAAACAUCGUGCGACCUGCCUUGAACAUUCGAUGAAAUAUUCACGAAUUCUAUUUAUUAUUUAGAUGCUUUGUUCGCAAUACCUUUUACCAUAUUUUGGGAGCCAAAUACCGCGCAGUGCAGUCAAACGUACAAAAUCGUCUCGAUGAAAGAUAAAAAAAAAGAGAGUUCGCUCGCGCGAUCCCGCGCUCGUUAACUAUUUAACGAAUGCGGGUCUCGAAUCAUUUCCCGAUCCCAGCGGGGCUCGCAUAAUGGCGAUAAUCUAUUCUGUAUGAUUUCGAAAAAGAGGAGCAAAAAGCUCGGUAUCCCGAGUCCGACGUCUCGUUCACGAUCGAUUGAACGUUUUCAUCGGGAUCGGCCAUUGAAACGAAACGGAGGAAGAUUUAGGGGGCCUCGAGGCCUGUCGCCCGCAGACAAACGAAUAAUUCAAUUAGUCAAUUAAAAAAGCGAAACGAUCGAUCGAGAAUCGCGACGGGGGAGAAAACGAUACGGGGUUUAUCAGAACGGAGGAGAAAUAGAUAGGCGAACCAUCGUGCGUGUUAACCCUAACCGGUCUAAGCAAAGUACACAUUGUAAAGCUGUCAGGAACCUAGCAGAGUUUAGUUACCGACAAAGAAAAUUCUCGCUUUCUGUACAGGUUCGUGUCAACGUUUAUCGUAUAGAACAGAAUGUACAGAGUGUACACAUUUGUAUAUAAACGACGCAUACACGUCCGCUCGAGUGAUACGACGGGCGAAUAAUAAAUAUAGUACUUUUAAAAUAA